UUGGUAUUCUUUUAUAUGCAGGUUUCUACAAUCCAAGAACUUGUUACUGGUUAUGAAGCCUCUUUGAAAACUUGUGACCUUUUUAGUACAUGUGAAAAUGGAGAGAAAGAGCCCCCAACGACACUGCUUUGGGUUCGCUAUUUCCUGGCACAGCACUUUGACAAACUUGGCCAGUGUUCCUUGGCCUUGGAUUACAUUAAUGCUGCAAUUGCAAGCACUCCAACAUUAAUAGAACUGUUCUAUUUAAAAGCAAAAAUUUACAAGCAUGUAGGUAACCUCAAGGAAGCUGCCAAAUGGAUGGAUGAAGCACAGUCUUUGGAUACUGCAGACAGAUUUAUCAAUUCUAAAUGCGCUAAAUACAUGCUGCGAGCAAAUAUGGUGAAGGAUGCAGAGGAGAUGUGCUCUAAAUUCACGAGGGAAGGAACUUCUGCUAUGGAAAACCUAAAUGAGAUGCAGUGUAUGUGGUUCCAGACUGAAUGUGCCGCUGCUUAUCAGAGGCUAGGGAAGUAUGGUGAUGCCUUGAAGAAAUGCCACGAAGUAGAAAGGCAUUUUUUUGAGAUAACAGAUGAUCAAUUUGACUUCCACACAUACUGCAUGAGAAAGAUGACUCUUCGUGCCUAUGUAGACCUUUUGAGAUUAGAAGAUGUGCUCAGGAAACAUGCCUUCUACUUCAAGGCUGCUCGGUCAGCAAUUGAAAUCUACUUGAAGCUCCAUGAUAACCCUCUUACCAAUGAAAGCAAAGAACAAGAAGUGAAUUCAGAAAAUCUCUCAGCCAAAGAAUUGAAGAAAAUGCUUAGUAAGCAAAGAAGAGCACAGAAGAAAGCAAAACUUGAAGAGGAAAGAAAACAUGCAGAAAGAGAGCGACAACAGAAAAAUCAAAAGAAAAAGCGAGAUGAAGAGGAGGAGGAAACGAGUGGACCCAGGGAAGAGCUAGUUCCUGAAAAACUGGAAAGGGUAGAAAAUCCCCUAGAAGAAGCCAUUAAGUUCCUUAUACCACUUAAGAAUCUUAUUGGAGAUGACAUAGAAACACAUUUAUUAGCAUUUGAAAUAUACUUUAGAAAAGGAAAGUUUCUGUUAAUGUUACAGUCUGUCAAAAGAGCUUUUGCUAUCAACAGUAAUAACCCAUGGCUACAUGAGUGCUUGAUUAAAUUCUCUAAAGCUGUAUCUGACCAUAGUAACCUCCCAGAAAUUGUGAGCAAGGUCCUAACUCAAGAAAUGCAGAAAAUCUUUGUUAAUAAAAACUUGGAAAGUUUUAAUGAAGAAUUUCUCAAACACAAUGCUACCUCCAUUCAGCACCAGCUGUCAGGUGCAAAGAUGAUGUAUUUCCUGGACAAAUCAAGACAAGAAAAAGCAAUUGCUGUUGCUACUAGAUUGGAUAAAAACAUGAGAGACAAAAAUGUGAAGACAUUAACAAAGGUUUUUGAGGCACUGCUUGAUGGCAGUUUUGGAAGCUGCCACACUCAAUGUGAAGAAUAUCAAGCAGCAUGUCAUAAACUGUUUCCUUUUACGUCUGCCUUUAUGCCUGCCACAAACGAGGACGAUAGCAGCAUUGCAUCUGUGAAUCAUACAGCCAUUAACCAUGAUUUGCUGUCUAACGAAAUCUGAAGCAGUGUGUGCAAGCCCGUGUGUGUGUAUACCUAUGUGCACACGUGUAUUCAAAACUCUGACUCUCAUUACAUGCUGGCUGGAUACAGAUCAGGGUUACUUUUCCAGGUUGUAUUUUAAUAUCUUUAACAGGUAUAAAACAAAGUAUUUGGAUAGUCCUAUGAAAUGGAGUAUGCUAUUAGGUUUUUUUCUCCCGACAAAACCUGCCAAUAUUUAUGUAAACAUUAUCCUUAAUCAGCAUUUUUCGUGUUUAUACUUGUACAGUUUUAAGUCUUUUAAUAAUCCAUCAGCCCUCCCUCACAAAAAAUAUGGAUGUUAAAGACUGCUUUCACUUAAGUGUCGUUACAUAUGCAGAUAAAUGUGAUCAUAUCUUGUUAAUAAAUUAUCAUUUGAGCGUUUUUAGCAGAU